AUGGUUCUUAGAUUUGCUAGCCUGGGCGCCUUCAACGAGGACAACGCGCGCUUCCUGCUCUUGGCCGCCCUGAUCCUCCUGUACAUGCUCUGCGGCGCGGCCGUCUUCUCCGCCAUCGAGCAGCCCACCGAGCGGGAAGCGCAGCAGAAGUGGCAGGCGAGGCUGGACAACUUCUCCCGGAGGUACAACCUCAGCCCGGCCGAGCUGCGGGAAUUCCUCUGCGAGUACGAGGUGGCCUACGUGGCCGGCAUUCGGGCGAAUGACCUGCGCCCGCGGUGGGAUUUCCCCGGCGCUUUUUAUUUCGUGAGCACCGUGGUCUCCACUAUAGGGUUUGGCAUGACUACACCAGCUACCAUCACAGGCAAACUUUUUCUGAUAUUUUAUGGCCUUAUAGGCUGUGCAGGGACUAUCUUGUUCUUCAACUUGUUCCUGGAGCGCUUGAUCACGAUCAUCGCUUACGUCAUGAAGUCCUGCCACGAGAGACAACUGAGACGAAAUGGGAUUCUUCCCCAAGACAUCCAGCAAACUGCUGGGAAUGCUGAAGUAGACAGCUUAGCAGGAUGGAAGCCAUCUGUGUAUUAUGUCAUGCUGAUCCUGUGUCUAGCAUCGCUCAUCAUCUCCUGUUGUGCCUCUGCUAUGUACACUCCAAUGGAAGGGUGGAGCUACUUUGAGUCUCUUUAUUUUUGCUUUGUGGCUUUCAGUACUAUUGGUUUUGGUGACCUGGUGAGUAGCCAGAACGCCCAGUAUGAAAGCCAGAGUCUUUAUCGGUUUGGCAAUUUCAUCUUCAUACUCAUGGGGGUAUGCUGCAUCUAUUCUUUGUUUAAUGUGAUUUCUAUUGUUAUCAAACAGUCCAUUAACUGGAUAUUAAAGAAACUGGAAUGGUCAUGCCAUAGAUGCCAAAGAAAACUUUUCCGGUCACGGAGGAAUGUUGUGGUGCCAGGGACCGCACGGACCAAGCACAACAUCUCCAUUGAGUCCGACGGUGUCCUAGAGAGUGACACAGAUGGACGCAGAAUGUCUGGCGAGAUGAUAUCCAUGAAAGACCUUUUGGCUUCUAACAAAGUGUCACUAGCUAUUAUGCAGAAACAGUUGUCUGACAGUGCCAAUGGCUUUCCAAGACAAAUGAGCACUGCUACUAAACAAAAUGGAUUUGCUGGUGGUGUAGGUGCUUUAGGGAUUAUGAACAAUAGGCUGGCAGAGACAAGUACAGAUAGGUAAACAUCAACAUUGGGAAUGCAUCAGCAAGCUCAGAAUAAGCAAGGAUCAAAAGUCAUCCCAGAGACAGAACAAAUCUUUGGAGGAAUGAUCUGUAGUAUUGUUGCUGGCAGUCAGCUAUCUGUUGCAUUUUGUGCACAACACCCUUCUGUUCUUCCCCUAAAGUCUCCACCAAAGCAAACUUCAAAGUUAUUACAUCGUACAGCUAGCUGCCUUUAAAAGUCUUUUGCUGUUCAGAUCAGGUCUGAGAACCAAACAACAUGUUAUAGACUGACUAUACAUCAAUGGAAGCUAAAUCUAUUAGUGGGCCAGAGGCUUGAGAGAGACCCUCAUGACUGAACAAUGUUUGCAAAUAAAACCUGGGCUUCUUUUUUUUGAUGGCCAAUCAGAAAACAAGGUACUUUGCAAGAUGUGGGCAGUGUGAAAUGCAUAUUCUGUGACAAUCAGACUGUCUUAGUCUAUGGGGAAUGCCUUAUUUUAAUGAUGGGCUAUUUUUAA